CUGGAAAUGCAAGUACUGGAGAAACAGCUUCAUCAGCAACAACCAUGGUAUCAAGCACUACCCUGUCACCAAGCAUGCUACCAACAAAUACCACGCCAACUGCGGCAUUGGCAACAAGUGCAGAGGCAAACAGCACAUCACCUACAGUGGCACAAGCCACUACUACUGCUGCAACACCAACAGCAACAGUUACUGGUGGUGGUGAUUCUGACACAACUACUUUACUGGCAACGACAAUGAAGAACACAUCACCUACAAUGACGCAAGCCAAUACUACUGCUGCAACAGCAACAGAUACUGGUAGUGGUGGUUCUGAAACUACUACUUUACUGCAAACAACAAUGUCACCAACAGUGAAUAGCACGUCGCCAACGACAGAGCCAGAAAUCACAGCUACUGGAAAUGCAAGUACUGGAGAAACAGCUUCAUCAGCAACAACCAUGGUAUCAAGCACUACCCUGUCACCAAGCAUGCUACCAACAAAUACCACGCCAACUGCGGCAUUGGCAACAAGUGCAGGUCAGUUUCCUGAAAAGUACAAUCAUGUUUCAAGUUGGCUUUACUCGGAUGUCUAAGCGUUGUUUAGCUUUACCUAUUCACGGUCCUUUUGAUAGUUGCGAAGUAUUGGAAUGUGUUCUUGGUUGUAGCUUUCUUUGAAGGUUUCCUGUACCACAAUGUACAUUAUCACUCUCUUAGUAUUGA